GUGAGAGGAAGAGGAAAGGGAAAGAAAGAAGCAGCGCAAGAAACACACUACUCUUCAGAGUUUGGAGCACCUUAGCCUUAUUCUUGCUAAGACCUCUCUUUCUCUCAUCCCUUCGCAUCACAUUUCUCUCUCUCUCUCUCUCAGCACACAAUCUUUCUCUAUAUUUGAUUCCAGAUAAUCAUUAUUUUCCUGCGUAAAUAGAUGGUAGUUAGCAAGAGAGAGGUAUAGAGAGAGAGAGAGAGAUGGAGAAGUACGAAGCUAUCAAGAACUUUGAUGAAGACGAUGAGGAUGUUGAGAUGGCAGUCCAGCAGAUCUCUGAUUCAAGAUCUGCCAGCACCGCCACCAUUGCUGCACCACAACGCCAAACAAGGCCUAACAGCACCAAGAUUGUUCAGGAAGUCUCUUCUUCAAAGCACCAACCUCCAUCUCAGUCUCACCGUCUUCUUUCACUUGAUGUCUUUCGUGGCCUCACUGUUGCGCUGAUGAUACUGGUGGAUGAUGCUGGUGGUAUUGUUCCGGCACUCAAUCAUUCCCCAUGGAAUGGUUUGACAAUAGCAGAUUUUGUCAUGCCAUUCUUUCUUUUCAUUGUUGGUGUUGCACUUGCCCUCACGUACAAGAAGCCAUCUUGCAGAGCUGAUGCGACAAGAAAAGCAUUUCUACGAGCUCUGAAGCUUCUCAUAUUGGGCCUUUUUCUUCAAGGUGGUUAUUUUCAUCGCCUGACUGACCUGUCAUUCGGGGUGGAUAUUAAGCGCAUAAGAUUGAUGGGAAUACUGCAGAGAAUUGCAUUAGCAUAUUUGGUGACAGCACUGUGUGAAAUUUGGCUCAGAAGUGAUGAUACUGUUAACUCAGGAUCAUCCCUAUUAAGGAAGUAUCGAUACCAGUGGGCUGUGUCUUUGUUUGUAUCUGGAAUUUAUCUUUCCUUGCUGUAUGGGUUAUAUGUUCCUGAUUGGGAGUAUCGGAUUGCCACUGAGUCUUCUUCAGAGCCAAAAAUAUUUUCAGUUAAAUGUGGAGUAAGGGGUGACACUGGACCAGGCUGCAACGCUGUUGGAAUGAUUGAUCGAACAAUAUUGGGUAUACGACAUCUGUAUGGGAGACCAAUAUAUGCACGGACGCCUGAGUGCAGUAUUAAUUCCCCUGAAAAUGGACCAUUGCCUCCUGAUGCUCCUUCUUGGUGUCAGGCCCCCUUUGACCCUGAAGGACUCUUAAGCUCGGUGAUGGCAAUAGUUACUUGCUUGGUUGGCUUGCACUAUGGACAUAUUAUUGUCCAUUUCAAGGUAAUCCUCACUUUUUUCUUUGUUAUGUUUGUCUUUGAUUUAUAUCAGAAUCUUAGUUAUUUUUUUUAUUGGAUUAUGCAGGACCAUAGAGUUAGAAUCCUAUACUGGAUGAUCCCAACCUCUUUUCUUGUAGUUUUUGGCUUUGCAUUGGACUUAUUUGGAAUGCACAUAAACAAGGCUCUCUACACAUUCAGUUAUAUGUGUGUCACUGCUGGCGCUUCCGGUGUCCUCUUUGUUGGAAUUUAUUUGAUGGUUGAUGUAUGUGGAUAUAGUCGCUUGACUAUGAUUAUGGAAUGGAUGGGCAAGCACGCAUUAAUGAUUUAUAUUCUUGCUGCUUGCAAUGUUUUUCCCAUUUUCAUCCAAGGAUUUUAUUGGGGAAAGCCUCAGAAUAACAUUCUGAAGUUAAUUGGAGUUGGUACUUAAUACGAAGGAACACAUAUAUAAACUUCGUUUAGAGGAAUAUAUAUACGGAAUCAGAUGGUGAGACAUAUUCUUGUGUCGCUGUCUUUGAAGGUAGCGGCUACAAUGCAAGAGGAACAUGAAUUUUGGAGCAGGCCUUUUUGCACAAGGACGUGAACCAUGCUCUUCUCUAUUCACUUGAUGAAAGAUAAAAUGAGUCAUGCAUGGAUGAUAUGGAUGCAUAUAUUAUAAUAUUAAGAGUAGCAGCAUCUAUUUUCCAAUUAUAUAUGGAGCAGCUUUUGUUCAUACUACUACGACAUAUAUUGUGUAGUUUAAUUUGUAUUAAAUAGUAGAUUUCUAUUAUAUAUAAGCUAAGUAAGCAUUUGACAUUUGACACAUUAUUAUUAAUGUACAAUUUUAUAUUAGUUCUAUAUUUAUAUAUUACCGG